AUGAACGAAAUACAGCAACAACAACAAUACUACAAUAUGGUUAAUACUAGCAAGAUGGGUGAUUUGGAUAUCAAUCUGAUCACAUUAUAUGCUCGUACACCGGCUUUAUAUGAUAAAAGAAAUCCAUUCUACAAAGAUAAACAGUAUUCGGAGAGAGCAUGGAAUGAUAUUUCGAUGAAAUUAGGAUAUAAAGUUGAAAUUCUCAAAGAUCGAAUGCUACAGCUAAGGAAUCGAUAUAAUCUCGAGAAGCGAAAGAUUGAAGGAACGAGAACAGAGACAAGUCCUAAUCCCAAAUCAUCGUGGCCUUUGUACAAAUAUUUGUUAUUUUUUGAUGGUCACAUAAAGCAAAGACGCUCGUAUAAGAUGCUUAAAAAGAUCCAAGACGCUGAAGCAGACAAAGCUCGGUCCGAUCAUCGAGGCGAGACGUCAAGUCAAGCUAAUUCUUCCGCAAAUGAAAGCUUCCAUGGUGACAUUUCGAUGUUGUCCAAACUGAUUAGGGAUCGAUCGGAGUCACUAAAUACAGAAAUUAAGAAUGAAGAAGAUUCGGAUCUCGACAUGGUUGAAGCCAUUCCAAUACUCAAUGAAAAUUCUUCAGAUAAUCAAAUAUUCAAUUAUAAUAACGCCAAUGGUGCCAAAAACGGUAACGAUGCAUGCUCCACAUCAAGUUAUAAAAUGACAAAUUCCGUUGAUAAUAAUUCAAAUGGUCCGCCACAAAUGACCAUGAUUCCACAGCAUCCGUAUGCUGCAACUACCUCCACACCAUUUGAUGGGUUCUCAAGUUUGGAUAAGAAAUUUAAUAAAUAUAAUGCAUUCGGACAGUUUAUAGCAGCAUCACUAGCAGACUUAUCGGACGAGAAAGCUACAGAUGUUAUGCAACGGAUAACUAUGGAAAUAUUUGCAGCCCAACGAGAUCUAAAUUAA